AGUUCCGGCGCCUCCGCCGAGCGUCACCGCGUCCCGCCCCGCCGGGCAGGGCCGGCCCCGCCGUCACUUCCCGGGGAGGCCGCCGGGAGCCGCCGGACCGGAGCCGGAGCCCUCGGGAAGCUAGCAAGCUACAGGCUACCAGGAGCAGCACUGCACAACAACCUUGAUUUUCACAAAGAGGAAGCGAUUGCUGUGCUCAGGUCCUCACCUUUCAGCAGUGAUUCUGUGAUGCAAAUUCCAGGAGUUUCAUUUUCUGUGAUAAUCUUCUCUAUGGCCUCUUCUUGCUGACGCUUGCCCCAGUGCUGGGCACAGACAAAAAGGAUGCGGAAGAAUGGGUACCCUCCUUUUGGUUUUUAGAACAUGGGCAGUUGUAUAAAGAUGCAGCUGUGAUCCUCGGCUGUGUGUCUCACCGAAGGGACCUGAUGUUUUACAUUAUUGGUGGGAUCACAGUAUUUGUGGUAGCCUUCUUCUUCACCAUUAAGUUCCUCUUUGAGCUUGCCGCACGUAUAGUCAGCUUCCUUCAGCAUGAGGACCGGGAACGCCGAGGGGAGCGAACUAUUUAUGACUACGUGCGAGGCAACUACCUGGAUCCCCGGUCCUGCAAAAUCUCCUGGGAUUGGAAGGACCCCCACGAGGUGGGCCAUAGCAUGGCCUUCCGAGUGCACUUAUUCUAUAAAAAUGGGCAGCCUUUCCCAGCUCACCGGCCUCUGGGGCUGCGAGUUCACAUCUGCCAUGUGGAGCUAGCAAUUGAUAUUCCUGUAACCCAGGAAGUUCUUCAGGAGCCUAAUUCCAACGUGGUGAAAGUGGCCUUCACUGUGCGCAGGGCUGGGAGAUACGAGAUCUCUAUAAAACUUGGUGGCUUGAAUGUGGCCUACAGCCCCUACUACAAGGUGUUUCAGCCAGGGAUGGUGGUUCCCUCCAAAACCAAAAUAGUUUGCCAUUUCUCCACUCUGGUGCUGACCUGUGGACAGCAGCACACCCUACAGAUAGUUCCCAGAGAUGAGUAUGACAAUCCCACCAGCAAUUCUGUGUCCCUGAUCGACGAGCACAAUUACAGCCUCUCCAUCCAUGAGCUGGGUCCUCAAGAAGAAGAGAACUCUGACGUUGUGUUUGAGAAGUCUGUGGUGUCCAACCGGCAGACUUGCCAAGUGUUCUUCCGACUCACGUUGCACUGUAGGGGAUGUUUCCAUGCCUGCAUCUCCUACCAGAACCAGCCCAUAAGCAAUGGUGAUUUUGACAUCAUUGUUCUAAGUGAGAAUGAAAAGAAUAUUGUAGAGCGCAACGUGUCCACCUCAGGUGUCAGCAUUUACUUUGAAGCCUACCUUUAUGAAGCUUCUAGUUACGCCAACACUCAGUGGCACCUUCCACCAACGCACCUGAGCUCCUCCCAGCGCCGUCCUUCUACUGCAACUGAGGAUGAAGAUGAAGAUUCUCCCUCUGACAGCCAAACUCCCGAGAAAGUGAAGAAACCUAAAAAAGUCUAUUGCUAUGUGUCUCCUAAGCAAUUCUCAGUGAAAGAAUUCUACCUGAAGAUCAUUCCGUGGCGCCUUUUCACCUUUAGAGUAUGUCCUGGCACAAAGUUUUCAUACCUUGGUCCUGACCCUGUGCACAAACUGCUGACACUGGUGGUGGAUGAUGGGAUCCAACCCCCUGUGGAGCUCAGCUGCAAGGAGAGGAACAUCUUGGCCGCCACUUUUAUUCGCUCUCUGCAUAAAAAUAUAGGAGGCUCAGAGACCUUCCAGGAUAAAGUGAACUUCUUUCAGCGAGAGCUGCGUCAGGUGCAUAUGAAAAGACCUCAUUCGAAGGUCACGCUGAAGGUCAGCCGUCACUGUCUGCUGGAGUCGUCUUUUAAAGCAACGCGAAAUUUUUCUGUUUCUGACUGGAGCAAAAACUUCGAAGUGAUUUUUCAAGAUGAAGAAGCUUUGGAUUGGGGAGGUCCACGCAGAGAGUGGUUUGAGCUCAUCUGCAAGGCAUUAUUUGAUACCUCCAGUCAACUCUUCACCCGCUUUAGUGAUAACAACCAGGCCUUGGUGCAUCCAAAUCCAGUGCGUCCCACGUGCGUACGACUCAAACUGUAUGAAUUCGCAGGCCGCCUGGUAGGAAAGUGUCUUUAUGAGUCAUCCCUGGGAGGUGCUUACAAACAGCUGGUGCGAGCUCGCUUCACGAGAUCCUUCCUGGCUCAGAUCAUAGGGCUCCGUAUGCAUUACAAGUAUUUUGAAACAGAUGACCCAGAAUUCUAUAAAUCAAAAGUUUGUUUCAUACUGAACAAUGAUGUGAGCGAGAUGGAUCUGGUCUUCGCUGAAGAGAAGUACAGUAAAACAGGCCAGCUGGAGAAGGUGGUUGAACUGGUGACAGGAGGAGCUCAAGUACCAGUAACAAAUGAAAAUAAAAUUUUUUAUCUGAAUCUGCUUGCACAGUACAGGCUGGCCAAUCAGGUCAGGGAGGAGGUAGAUCACUUCCUGAAAGGUCUUAAUGAAUUAGUUCCUGAGAAUCUACUGGCUAUUUUUGAUGAAAAUGAACUUGAGUUGCUCAUGUGUGGUACUGGAGAUAUCAGUGUCUGUGACUUCAAGGCACAUGCUGUAGUGGUAGGAGGAUCUUGGCACUUCCGUGAGAAGGUCAUGAGGUGGUUUUGGACUGUGGUCUCCAGCUUCACACAGGAGGAGCUGGCCAGGCUGUUGCAGUUCACAACUGGUUCAUCCCAACUGCCCCCGGGAGGGUUUGCUGCACUCUCUCCAUCUUUUCAGAUCAUUGCAGCUCCAACUCACAGUACUUUGCCAACAGCCCACACUUGUUUUAACCAGCUGUGCCUCCCGACUUAUGACUCCUAUGAAGAAGUGCACAAGAUGCUGCAGCUAGCUAUCAGCGAGGGUUGUGAAGGCUUUGGCAUGCUGUGAUUUUUUUCCCCUUUCCAGGAGACCGUUCAGCCUCCUGGCUCUUUGUGGCAAGACCCAGGUUCAAUCCAUUACUUGUUCUUCCCUUCACAUGGGUAAUGAAGGCAGGGCAAAGACUCUGUGUAAAGGAAUUUGUCAUCCAGAAGAUGUCAUGUGGCCUUUCCGUAUCUCAAAUAAGUCAUAAAGACCUCAUCUUUUUCCUUUCCUUCAUUCUCCCUUUGGUUCAGUGUGAAACAGCAGCAGGAGUGUGGUGCACUCAUCAAGGAAAUACUGCACAGGAUUUCCCUGCACCCUGUACACCCAUCUGUCCGUGAGAAGAGAAGUACAUGAGCAGAAGUUGCAAUGAGGUGCAAGCAACAUGCUGAGCUGCCUUGAUCGUAGCUCUCAGGGAAGAAGGGGAAGACCAGUGUGGAGCGCUGCUGGAAACCUGGUUCAUGGGAAGCCUUAGUGACUUCCCAUGUCUUGGCUCAACUCCCCCAGUGAUGCUCCCCAACAGCUCAUCUAACUCCAUCACUCAUGAAGGGUGCAGGGUUGUCUCUCCUUUCAGCACCUGUCCCAGAAGAGUUUCUGGUUCUCCUUCUCCAUCUUGCUUUGGAUGCUGCUAUCCGUCACCUGUGCCACCAAGAAAAAUGGGCAGUACCCCUCAGUGGAGGGAGUAACCCAAAGGGGAGAUCACUCUCAUCAGAGCACAAGUGCUGGCCCUGACAGUGAUUCUGUACUACCUCCACCAGGGUCCAGCAGCUGAAGCGUCCUUCUCCAGCAGCAGCUGGUAAUGAGCCUUUGCAAAUGAACUGGAAGAGGAGUUUCUCCUCCACUGAAUGUUUCUGAUUAAUGAUGUUGCACAGGAAGCUGUCCCAUGCCCUUGCCUUCUUUUUCCUUCCUCAGUAGAGAGGGUAUGGGCAUGACUGUGAUCCCUCAAUGCUGAACACCAAUGCCUAUCCCACGUUCACCUUCAGGGUAUGUAUGUGAUGUAGGAACAGUGACAGGUCAGUAAGCAGCUACGAUGUGUGCUGGUCUUGUGUUGUUGGGGUGAUGGUACUGGGCAGAGCAUGGUACCUCCUCCCAAGUAUACCACAGGGUUUUGGCUUCUACCUCUGCCAUGCAGCAGCCUGAGGCUUCUCUACUGCAUUUCAGGCAGAGUUUGCAGAGGGUUGUUGGUUGUUGGUGCCUGGAGAGCAGCUGGCUUUCUGUCCUUCUUGAGCUCUCCUUUCUUCUGCCCCGUUCAGGGCUGCUGGCUUUCCAGCACAAAAUGCUAAUUAGAACUUCACUCAGACGAUCACUCAACAGCCUGCACAGAUAGUAUAUCACACCCACCACUGUCUGGCUUGUGGGGAGAGGAGUGGGCAGACCAGCAGGAUUAGGGUGUGCCAAGCUGGCAGUCCGUCCAGCCCUUCCCAAGAAAACAAAGGGAACGGGAGUCUGGGAAUCUUGAUAGCUUCUUCAGUGAAGCAGAAUUCAUGAAGAUCUUUAGGUUCUCAGCAGUUUCUUAGUUCAGGUCAGGAGUCAUAGGCAUGCUGGCAAGUGUAAGAAAGCUGCAUUGCUGCUGCUUGCAAUGUAAGCUUUGGCAGGAUUAUGGGAAUGGCUGGAUUUCUUCCAGAAUAGAGUCUCAAGCUGGCACCCCUGAGCUAACUUUAGAACACCAUAUUAGAUAAAAAAUCACUUCAUCCUCCUCAGCCCCCUUCUGUCCUCGAGCUGAUCCAGGCAGACUUCUGCAAAGUAAGAAUUUUUUAGAUAACUGUAUAUUCUUUUCCCAGUGUAGCUUGGUUGAAUUGACUGGGAAUUUGGGGGAAACAUUCUACAUCUAGAAAAUGUUUGUUAAGGCAGUAUCUUAGCAAUUCUUGGUCUGAGUGUGCUACUUGUGUACAGAAAGAUACAAGCCAUUUUGGUGCCAAAAAGCAGCCAGCCGAGCAUUGAGACUACUCAGGGGGAUUCUUUGCCCUGUGAAUUCAUUCCAUCACUGGCACUGAGAUGCUGGGAGACUGCCAGCUUGAGAGGUGCCACGACUGCACUCUGACAGGUCAUGUCAGUAGUGUCUGUGCUCCCCUUUUUCUAGUGCAGCCUCUGUUUUGUAGGGUCCCGACCUUUGGGUGGAGAGUACAGUGCUGUUUUUUACACUGUGGAUGGCUUCCAUGGUCAGUGCAGUUGUGGCUGCUGUGUUUUUCUGCGCCACCGCUUGACUGCUUUUUCCGGAGACUGAGAGAAAGGUGGUGGUGCUUGGCUUGACUCCUGUUUGUUGGGAGGUGUAGCCUGGUGCCCUUCCCACGUUGCAGCCCUGUCUUGCAGUCUCACCUGGUGAGAACAUCUCCAGACUCGUAGUUAUGGGCCAACUUUGCCAAUGACAUCUUCCUCAGGAAUAUUCCCUUCUAUUGAGCUGGACUUCUUUACUCUGAGGAUGAAGUAGGUGGACAUUGGGUAGUCUUCCUCUGCUGGAAAGAGCUCCUUAAAGUUUCUUAUUGUACUACAGCCAGCACCCCACACUUCUCAGUAGCUGUACAGAGCCAAGGAACUUCUCAACACAAGCGCAGUCAGAACUGUGAUGGGUGCAGGUGCUGUUAGUCAAUUAGACCCAUCUCCAUUGUCUCCACAGGCUCCUAGGUGAUCCCGUGUUCCUGGGAUCCAUCACAAUGUUUCUAAACUUGUCUCUAGCUUUAUACCCUUAAAAGUGUGUUCACUUUUUAUGCUGCCCUUAACGCUGGCAGCGGGGAUGCGCUCUGGUCAUAUGUUUCGUCUGACACAGGCUUGUUACUCUUCUUUUUGUCCUUAUUUAUUCCCACUUGAUAGAGGCACUUCCCUGGAAAGCUUUAGGAUCCUGGUACCGUGUCAGACAGGUUCCAUGUUUCCUGAAGCUGUUUUUAGGUGCCGAGGGUCUGGCUUCAGCCUGCACCUGCAGACCAUGUUGCAUGUUUUUAGAAACCAGGAGCUGUGGAUGAUGCAGGUCAGAUUCUAGUUCCCUCUGUUGAAUUUCUGGCAGAGUUCAGCCAAAAUUUGGAAGCCUGUGGUUGUAGUAGCUGAUUUUGUAAAUAGUUUGUAUAAUAAAUAAAAUAUUUUAAAAAUGCU